GAUGUUCACCAUGAUCGUGGAUUGCAGCGAGAAUAUGAUAAAAGAACUUGCAACCUUCACCGGACAUGAAUUUGAAGUGAAGAAUCUCUUCAUACGUUUCACGAACGAUGUGAUAGCGUCGUGUGCUUUUGGAGUGCGCAUCAACUCGUUCCGAGACAAGGAAAACGUGUUCUACCGUUACGGCAAGGACAUCACGAAUUUUGGCCGGGUAAAAGUAUUUCUCAAAAUGAUGGGAUACCAGCUGGUCCCGAAGCUGAUGGCAUGGCUAGAGAUUGAUAUUUUCGAUCGCGAACACGUACAAUUUUUCAUAGACCUGUUCAGACAGUCGGUACAGGAACGGGAGCAGCAUGGCAUUGUUCGUCCGGACAUGAUCCAUCUGCUGAUGCAAGCUAAUAAGGGUAAGCUGCGAUAUCAACCAACAGACCACGAGGAAGUGGAAGGUUUUGCAACGGCGAAGGAAUCCAAUGAUGAGAAGGUCGUCCCAGAAGAUAUGGUAAAGCUCAGCGAGAAUGAAAUGGUAGCUCAGUGCCUGAUAUUCUUCCUAGCUGGCUUUGAUAUAAUCGCAUCUGUCAUGACCUUUCUUCUGUAUGAGGUAGCUCUAGAUCCCGAAAUCCAGCAGCGUUUGUACGAGGAGAUUCAACAAGUGUCAGAAUCGCUAGAUGGAAAAUCAAUCACAUAUGAUGCUUUGCAAAGUAUGCGUUAUCUGGACAUGGUUGUAUCCGAAACGCUGCGAAAGUGGCCAUCACAACCUGCUACUGAUCGACUGUGUAAUCAAGAUUACAAGGUGACUGAUGUGACUCCGAAUGUUGACAUUAUUAUACCAAAGGGAUGCAUAGUGUCGAUCCCCAUUGCCGGUUUGCAUUAUGAUCCUGCCAUUUACCCCGAUCCAACCCGCUUCGAUCCAGAACGCUUCAACGAUGAGAAUAAGCAUAAGAUUCCGCUGGGAGCAUAUCUGCCUUUUGGGUUGGGGCCACGUAAUUGUAUUGCUUCCCGAUUUGCUCUCAUGGAGGUGAAGGCCAUUGUGUAUCAAUUGCUACGGAAUUAUGAGUUUAAGCGCUCCGAACGUACACCGGUACCAUUGAAGCUCGCAAAAGGUUUCGCCUCUACUAGCGCAGAAAAGGGCAUAUAUCUGCAGCUGAGUCCACGGCAGGUAGAAUAAAGUUAGUUUCGCUAUGUUGCAUAUCAAAGCACAAUGAAUGAUAUUAGGUGAAAGGUAAAACACAAAAAAAUCUGCACAAUUAUGUGAAACUUUCUGCAUUAAGGAUGAUAUUACAAAUAAAAUGGAAGUAUUACUUUCUUGGAAUAUUGCA